UUCUGUCGUUCAGCGUGUCGUUCAGCGUGUCGUUCAGCGUGUCAUUUCUGUCGUUUCUGUCGUUCUGUCCUUCCAAGCUCAUUGCAUAACAUUCUGUUACUUCAGGAAAAAAGGAAAAAAGGAAACCAAGAAAGACAAGAAAAAGAAAGACAAAGAGAAGGAGGAGAAGAAGGAGGAGAAAGCCAAAACAGAGGAGUAUGUUUUCCUAAUCGCCUCGUGGAGCUCUGCGUGCGUUUACGUUGCUGAUGUUUUAUUUGGAGCGAUGUGUUCUCACUCCUCCAUCAGGCCGAGGCAGAUCUACGUGAUCGACCCUGCGGGAGACACGUACUACCACUGGCUGCUUGUCAUUACCUGCCCUGUCAUCUACAACUGGGUGCUCAUCAUAGCCAGAGCUUGUUUCGAGGAGUUGCAGCGUGACUAUUUGAUUCUGUGGUUUGUCCUUGAUUUCGUGUCGGACAUGACCUACCUGGCAGACAUGAUCUUCAGGACUCGGACAGGGUAUCUGGAGCAGGGUCUGUUGGUUAAAGAUGAACUCAAGCUACGAGCACGGUACAAGGGGAGCUCCCAGUUCAGACUAGACCUGAUCUGUAUGAUCCCCACGGACAUUUUGUACCUCUACUUCGGCAUCAAGUACCCGGAGAUCCGCAUGAACAAGCUCCUUCGUGUCAAUCGCUUGUUCGAGUUCUUCCAGCGGACGGAGACGCGGACCAACUUCCCCAACGUGUUCCGAAUCUCCAACCUUGUCAUGUACAUCGUCAUUAUCAUACACUGGAAUGCCUGCCUCUACUAUUCCGUUUCCAAAGCCAUCGGCUUCGGGGCCGACAGGUUCGUCUACCCGGACCCAGCGGACCCGGAGUUCGGCCGGCUGGUCAGGAAGUACGCGUACAGCAUGUACUGGUCUACCCUCACCCUCACCACUAUCGGUGAGACUCCGCCCCCGGAGAAAAACUCCGAGUACUUCUUCGUGGUGGCCGACUUCCUGAUCGGAGUGCUGAUCUUUGCCACCAUCGUUGGCAACGUGGGCUCCAUGAUCACCAACAUGAACGCGGCACGGGCCGACUUCCAGGCCCGCAUUGAUGCCAUCAAGCAGUACAUGAGCUUCCGGAAGGUCACCAAAGACCUGGAGAAGCGCGUCAUCAAGUGGUUCGACUACUUGUGGACCAACAAAAAGGCGGUGGACGAGCGGGAGGUGCUGAAGUUCCUGCCGGACAAGCUGCGAGUGGAGGUGGCCAUCAAUGUGCACCUGGACACGCUGAAGAAGGUGCGCAUCUUUGCGGACUGCGAGGCCGGGCUGCUGGUGGAGCUGGUGCUGAAGCUGCAGCCGCAGGUCUACGGCCCCGGCGACUACGUCUGCAAGAAGGGCGACAUCGGCCGCGAGAUGUACAUCAUCAAGGAGGGAAAGCUGGCCGUGGUGGCCGACGACGGGGUCACGCAGUUUGUCGUCCUGAGUGAUGGCAGCUACUUCGGAGAGAUCAGCAUCCUCAACAUCAAAGGCAGCAAAGCCGGCAACCGCAGGACGGCCAACAUCCGGAGCAUUGGAUACUCGGACCUGUUCUGCCUGUCCAAGGACGACCUGAUGGAGGCGAUGAAGGAGUAUCCAGAAGCCAAGGCCCUGCUGGAGGAGAAGGGGCGACAGAUCCUCAUGAAGGACAACCUGCUGGACCUGGAGGUGGCCCAGCAGGGCCCGGACCCCGAGGACACAGAGGAGAAGGUGCUGAGGAUCGGCAGCGUGCUGGAGGAAAUGCAGACGCGGGUCGCUCGGCUCCUCGCCCAGCACGAGGCCCAGCAGAACCGCCUGAAGAGACGCAUCGCCAAGCUGGAGAGCACGGUCACCUCCUCCACCCGCGGGGCCACCUCCGACACGCUCGAGAAGGAGGAGGUGUAGAAGAAGAGGAGAAGAAGGAGGAGAAGCAGAGGACAAGUUGUGUGUUUGUGCCCACAGUGCUCAGACUGAAAGGGAAGAACUCACUGUGGAAAAGGACCAGGACAGGAACACGGGAGUCUAAUGCCACUCCUCCACAGGGCUUGUGCGUUUGGACACUAGGCUCACAGUGAAGUUGUUAAACCUCUUGAGGUGUUUGUUGUUGUUUGAGAUGCUAGCCUUGGUGUUUGCUGCUGUUUGAGAAGCUAGCGUUUGGUGUUUGUUUUUGUCUGAGAAGCUAGCAUUUGGUGGUGUUGUUUGAGAAGCUAGCUUUUGGUGUUUGUUGUUGUCUGAGAAGAUAGCGUUUGGUGUUUGCUGCUGUUUGAGAAGCUAGGGAUUGGUGUUUGUUGUUGUCUGAGAAGCUAGCGUUUGGUGUUUGUUUUUGUCUGAGAAGCUAUCAUUUGAUGUUGUUGUUUGAGAAGCUAGCGUUUUGUGUUUGUUGUUGUUUGAGAAGCUAGCGUUUGGUGUUUGUUGUUGUUUGAGAAACUAGCUUGGGCUUUAUCUGGAGCAGGUGAAGGAGCAGCUUUGAUCUCCCACACCUGCUUUGUAACAAUGCAGCUCUUUACAUUUCAAAUGUAUUUGCUUAUUUUAUACUGAUGUGGAACUCAGUUUCUCUACGGCCUGAAUGGAGCUGUUUGAGUUUACUACCAAACAAUAUUAUUAAGAAAAUAUUUGACGAUCAAAUAGAAUACUGUAAGGCUUUUUUAAAACCAAACAUGUAACUUAUGUGUAAUAUAUUUUAGUAUGUUGUUCAUAUGUAAAUGACACUGACUCAAAGGUGUAUUAUAUGGUAUUUUAUAAAUGUAGUUAAAUUAGAGUCACCAAACUUGUCUCUAGCUGUUGUUUAGGUUAUAAAACAUGUAAACUCUUGUUAAACAUGUAAAACUGCUGCAGAGGUUUGUGUUAAUAGCGGUCAGUAGCAUAGGCACUGCAGUCAAGAGUGACCUGCCUUUCUGAUGUAAGAAGUUUAUCUUAAAUUACACUGUGGUAUCCCCUAGUGCACAUUUUAACAGCAAUUGUCCAUUCUGAAUAGCACAUUGGCAUAACUAUUCAAAGUGAAAACUAGAAUAUGACUGAUACUGUAUGUUGCGAUUACUGUAUGUGAGCUAUAAAACAGUAAGACAUAGGCCUACUUUGCUUGUAUCCAGUGUAUGUACACGCCAAACCAAAUAUAAAGAAAACCAUAACGAAUAAAAUAUUUUUG